AUGAGCAGCAAUAUGAGAAUCGAUAUCCCCUUUAGACUUGCCACCAACGCAGAUUUGGUUCGGGCAAAGGCAAAUCAUUCACAAUGGGUUGAAACUUCAGGGCUACUCGGCGAUUCAGCAACCCAGAAAGCGUACGAGGCUGCAGACUUUCCUCUUUUGGUGGCCUACACGUGCCCAUCAGUUUACGGACCUCACCUGGAUCUGAUAAUGAAUCUAAUUGGCUGGUCCUUUUUACUGGACGACUCACUCGACAGACCAGGCAUUCGACAAGCCUCUCCGACGGCCACUGAACAUACCUUGAACACUUAUCGCAAGAUACUAGAUGGGAACCGUGCCGAGCCAUCCGCGGAUCCUCUGGUGACAGCUUGGAAGAGUCUUCUGCCGUGUGUCCAUCAACGUUCGUCCGAGGCCCUGAAGGCCCGGCACCGCAGGCAUUGGGAAGACUUGUUCGACGCCUUCCACCGUGAAGCGAAGAACAAUGCCGGCGGUAUAGUCCCCACCUUCCCGGAGUAUCUGGAGCUGCGGCGAGCCGCAGCAGGGGUGGAGAUUUGCCUGGACUGGGCGGAGGCAGUUGGCGGCUUUGAGGUUCCCAACAGCGUGCACAGCAGCCCGGACUUCCUUCGUCUCCGAGAAUAUACCGACGAUGUGGUUACGAUGACGAAUGACAUUUUCUCGGUCCAGAAGGAAGCGCAGGCCGGCAACACCGACAAUGCGGUGCUGGUACUUUCCCUGCAAGAGCAAUGUUCCUGGGAACGGGCCACAGAGCUCACCCAGAUGCUGAUCGAACAGGAUGUGGCUCAAUACCAGACCACAGAGGCUCGGUUCCUGGGAAGUGAGUGCUUUGCCCAACUCGCUCUGCACGAGCAGUCGAAUGUGCACCGGUUCCUGGAUGCAAUGAAGCAUUGGAUGCGCGGCAGUCUCGAAUGGCAUCGGAGCAAUCCUCGGUACAAUUGA